UGGGUUUCUUCAUCAAGAACAAGAUACAGCAAACACAGAAAUUUAUUUUUCCUUUCGAGGCAUAAUUCAAAUUAUUGGCGAGAAAUCUGAAUCAUCAAAACGAAGAUGUUGUUUCAAGUGGGAGGACAAGGGACACGUCCCACCUUCUUCGAGAUGGCCGCUGCUCAACAGCUCCCCGCAAGUCUUCGAGCCGCUCUUACUUACUCUAUUGGCGUGUUGGCAUUAAGAAGACCGUUUCUCCACAAGGUUUUAGACUAUGAAGAUGAAUUCUUUGCUUUACUUAUGCUGGUUCUUGAAACCCAUAGUUUACGAAACACAGAUGCCUCUUUUUCUGAGUCACUCUAUGGUUUGCGAAGGCGAGCAGUGAAAAUAAAGGUAAAAAAGGAUGAUGCCAAACUGAAGAUGAAUGAUGAAAUUCAUCAUUCUGGAUUAGAAAAGCGCCAAAAAGUUCUUUCAGUUGUAUUUAUGGUUGUCUUGCCGUAUCUUAAGUCGAAGUUGCAUUCAGUAUAUAACAAAGAAAGGGAAGCCAGGUUGCAAGCCAGUUUAUGGGGUCCUGGUGCUGAAAGAUUUGGUGAUGCAGACUAUUUUGAUGAUGGGGGAGGUUCUCUUGUUUCUAGUGAAACUUUGGAUACAGUAACAUCAGUUAGAACACGUUUGACGAGGAAAAUUCAGAAAGUCAUAUUUGCUUGCUAUCCAUGGGUACAUGCUAGCUGUGAAGGAUUAUCAUUUACUUACCAGCUCUUAUAUCUGCUGGAUGCUACUGGGUUCUAUUCUGUAGGGUUGCAUGCUUUAGGAAUUCAUGUUUGUCGAGCUACAGGGCAAGAACUGAUGGAUAAUUCUUCUAGAAUUUCAAAGAUACGUACCCGUGAACGUGACAGACUUCAUGGCCCUCUUUGGUUGAAGAAAUUACAGGGAGCGUUGCUUAGCUGUACGUAUGCCAUGCUCGACUAUGCACAGACUGGCUUGAUUGCAGCAGUGUUCGUUUUUAAAAUGAUGGAGUGGUGGUAUCAAUCUGCUGAGGAGAGAAUGUCAGCCCCAACUGUAUACCCACCUCCACCACCGCCUCCACCCCCACAGGUUGCCAAGGAGGGUAUUCCACUGCCACCUGAUAGAACAAUCUGUCCACUGUGCUCGCAGAAGCGUGCAAAUCCAUCUGUAGUUACAGGCUCAGGGUUUGUUUUCUGCUAUGCUUGCAUAUUCAAGUACAUUUCUCAGUAUAAGCGCUGCCCAGUGACAUUGAUGCCGUCGAGCGUUGAGCAGAUCCGACGGCUCUUUCACGAUGUAUAGACAUUAGACACAGACACAUCUUAGCGAGUAAGCAAAUAUACCAAGAAAUGAGCAGUGCCUGUACAAGCCAAAUGAAACUGAAAGUGGCAUAGAGUUAACGUUAUAGUUGCCAUACUACCAAUUCUUUUGUCUUUUAAGCCAUUUGUAAGCCUGGAUUGUCCCUGCCAGAGGGAUGAUUUUACAUAUUUGAAUCCAGUUUUAGAAUGAAUUGAUGUUUUCUUAUCUUAACGGCAAUUCGUUGGCUUCCCUUUCCUACAAUUUUCGAUGAAUCAAAUCCAUUGAUCA